AUGCCAACCGAAACCAUCUGGUCCAGCAGUCAUUCCUCUCCCAUUCAGACUAACGCGCUGUUGACUUCAAAUCCCAUUAAAUCCCAUAAUCAUUUUAAAUCCGUAUUAGAUCAAGUGGAUUCAGAUGUUGCCAAGUUUUUAGCAAAUUCAAAUCCCUUGGAUCCACUACCUACCAAUUUUAGUGAAAGAAGGCUUUCCUUUGACGAUGGGAGUGACUUUGAUGACACGUCUUUUGGUUUCAAAAGGGGCACUUUGUCUGCUAUUACUGCUCCUGUGGGUGGAACUAAUAUCAACUAUAAUGCACAUCCGCCUCAAUUCAACUUGUCACACGAUAACGUUGGUGUAAAUGGUCAAAAACUCAAUUUUGGAACAGUUUCAAUUAGUGGGGGCAUUGCAAGUAGACAUCCACCACCACAAGAGAGCUUUUUACAAAAAUUCGCCAACGUUGCAGAUACAACUAGAGAAAUCGAGUUUGGGAAUUUGUCCUUGUCUUCGCGGAGAACUAGUUUUAUUGGUAAUAAUAGUGCCAAAGACUUGUCAAAAUCUUUAUUGAAUGGAGGCAUAUCGGCUACAACUAAAAGUGGAUCCUUGAAUGAGAAUUUAAACAUGCCGGCUCCAAGGACUUCGAGGCAUCAGUCUAUUAGUGAAAAAAUUGACAACUACAAUAAUAACUCGCCUAUACAAGCUAACUCUGCUUUGUCAGUAAACUCGGAGUUGAAUGCACCAGAUGGUGAUUUGAACAAUGGACAAACAAAUGGGACUCACAGACCUCAAACGUAUUUUUGGAAUCCAGCCGCUGCUACAUCAUUUACACCAGCAAAUAAUAAUACUGUCAACUAUUUUAUGGAUAAUGGUGCAUCAUUUGCGCUACCCACGCCCCCACCUAUACCACCUCAGGCACCACUAGCUCCACAAGGUUUUUCUCGUCAAGCUCCAAACCAAGGGAACAUGCCACCAUUGAAUAUCCCUCAACCGUUUAUGGUCCCAUCACCACCUCCACCUCCACAGUUUUUGGACCCGACUAUGUUCAACAUGGUGUAUGGUAAUUUUUCUCCCUUUCCGCCUGGUACAGUAGCAGCAGCAGCAGCAUCAUCACCAACAGCAGCAACAGUUCCUCCUCCUCCCCCUCCCCCCAUGCCGGCUUCUUCUUCUUCUUCUUCUUCUUUGGAUCCUCCAGAUAAUGAAGCAAAGAAUGAUAAAUCUGACGCUGACAGAGAUGGUGAUGCAAAAAAGAAUAGAGAUUCGACAGGAAAUCAAAGUAAUCAAAAUGAGUCGAAAGAAGAUUCAUCCGAAAGCAGAAAAAGCAAAAUUGAUUACCAGAAUGGCGCACCGCGAAUAGGAGUAGGACUAAUGAAUCGACAGCUUUCUCCUGCUUCCUUUAUGUUUCAUCCUUUUAAUCCGUAUUCGGUUUAUCAGCAAUCUUCGAAUAUGAUGGCGCCUGAGGGAAUGACAAGUUUGUCGCCACAAGCAAUGGGAAUGUCGUUACCACCACCAGUUGCCCUGGUUCCGUCACCUAUUCCAUUUUCACAACAACCACAACCACCACCACCACCAACACAACCACAGCCACAACAAGAAAAACAAAAACAACAACAUACACAACCAACACAACCACCUUCAAAAUCCGCGAAAGAUUUUGGUAAGCAUGGUAAUGGUGGACAUUCUUCUACUACUAACACAAAGAAAAAGUCUACAUCAUUAAAGAAUAAAAACUCUGGAGGCUCGAUACAUAUAUACCGCUCUCCACUUUUAGAAGAAGUGCGUUCGAAUACUAAAGAGAAAAAGUAUACCCUUAGAGACAUUUAUGGACAUGCUGUGGAAUUUACUAAGGAUCAACAUGGAUCAAGAUUUAUUCAACAAAAGUUACCAACGGCAACUGAUGAAGAGAAAGAAGUGAUAUUCAAUGAAAUCAAAGAUAUAUCCUUGGAUCUCAUGACAGAUGUAUUUGGAAACUAUGUAAUUCAAAAAUAUUUUGAACACGGUUCCGAAGUGCAAAAACAAAUUUUGUUGCAACAUAUGAUUGGUCAUGUUUAUGAGUUAUCCUUACAAAUGUAUGGAUGUCGAGUCGUCCAAAGAGCCCUCGAAUCACUUGAUAAGGUUGAGGAUCAACUAAAGAUAAUUGAAGAAUUGCGUGAUUAUAUAUUGAUAUGUUCAAAAGACCAAAAUGGUAACCAUGUUAUACAAAAAUCCAUCGAAAAAAUCAAACCCUUCGAAAAGAUCAGAUUCAUUUUGACAAGUUUGGAGAAUCAAGUUAACCACUUGAGUAUGCAUUCUUAUGGUUGUAGAGUGAUCCAAAGGUUACUUGAAUAUUCAAAUAAAAACGAUCAAAAAAAGAUUUUGCAAGAAUUGAAUAAAUUUAUCUACUACUUGAUUCAAGACCAGUAUGGUAACUAUGUUAUUCAGCAUAUUUUGGAACAAGGUGAUCCAGUGGAGAAGGAAGAGAUUUUAGAAAUAGUGUUGAAAAACGUUGUGAAUUUUUCAAAACUAAAAUUUGCUUCAAAUGUGAUUGAAAAAUGUAUAAAACACGGUGAUUUAGAGCAAAGAAGACGUAUUUUACAUGAAGUUAUGGUGGGAAACGAAAAGCCGAUAAUCGGAAAUGAUGAUCCAGUCAGUGAUGAUUCACCAUUAGCAUUGAUGAUGAAGGAUCAAUAUGCAAAUUAUGUUAUUCAAAAAUUAGUUGAAGUAUUUGACUCCAAUAGUCCCGAAAAGAGGCAAUUAGUUUUGAAGUUGAGACAAUAUCUCAAACAAUUAUCCGAUAAGAAUAAUUAUGGAGGUAAACAUUUGGCUAGUGUUGAGAAAAUGAUAAUCGUAGCAGAAACUGCAUUAGAUUAA